CAAUUAUUCUGUAGAUAAUAGGAUUAAUUGCAGGGACAUACAUACAUACAAUCUUAUAUAUAUAUAUGCAUGCGCAGCAAAGAUGGAUGAAAGGGAGAGAGAGUAAAUGAGGAAGGGAAUUAAUAUGAAGAGCAGCUGCUGCAGCAGAGGACCACCGCAGUGUAGUUUGCUGACCACCGCCCCAUCAUCAAAAAUGACAUUCUUCUUCUUAGUGCUAUUAUUAUUGUUCACAACAAAUACACCGUUGCCAUUCCCAUUCCUGGUGGUGGUUGUUGAGGCGGCUGGCAGCAGCAGCAGCACCCCUGCCCCUAACUACAGGGAUGCUCUUGCCAAAUCCAUCGUCUUCUUCCAGGGCCAGAGGUCUGGCAGGCUCCCUCCUCCUCCUCAGCCAAUCGCCUGGAGGGCCGAUUCUGGACUCGCCGACGGCGCCCUGGCUGGUGUGAACUUACGCGGGGGGUACUACGACGCCGGCGACAACGUGAAAUUCAACUUCCCGAUGGCCUUCAGCACCACCAUGCUGUCAUGGGGAGUGAUCGAGUACGGAAAGAGGAUGGGCCCUGAGCUAGCCGGCAGCCUGGCGGCCAUUCGCUGGGCAACCGACUACCUCCUCAAGUGUGCCCUGGCUACACCUGGCAGGCUCUACGUGGGCGUGGGUGACCCCAACGCCGACCACCGGUGCUGGGAGAGGCCUGAGGACAUGGACCCCCACACCCGGACCGUCUACUCCGUCUCCCCCUCCAACCCCGGAUCUGAUGUCGCUGGAGAGACCGCCGCUGCCCUGGCCGCCGCUUCCAUCGCCUUCCGCAACGCCGACCCAGGCUACUCCAGAGUGCUCCUUGCCACCGCCAAGACGGUGAUGCAAUUCGCAAUACAGCACAGAGGCUCAUACAGCGACUCGCUUGCAUCCUCUGUCUGCCCCUUCUAUUGCUCGUAUUCCGGCUACACGGACGAGUUGUUGUGGGGAGCCGCGUGGCUUUUCAGAGCCACUAAUGAGAUGUAUUACCUCAAUUUCAUUAGGACGUUGGGCGGGGCGGCGAAUGAGGCAGCCGAUAUUUUCAGCUGGGACAACAAAUACGCCGGCGCUCGUGUUCUGCUCGCAAGGAGAAGCGUAGUGGACAACGACCAGACAUUCGACUCUUUCAGACAGCAAGCCCAAGACUUCAUGUGUAGAAUACUGCCUGAUUCCCAGUCCCCUUCCUCCAGCACCAAGUACACACCAGGUGGCCUAAUGUUCAAACUGAGCGCCAGCAAUCUCCAAUACGUUACAUCCAUAACGUUCUUGCUCGCCACCUACUCCAAAUACAUGGCUGCCUCCCAUCACAGUUUCAACUGCGGCGGAACCCUUCUCAUAACUUCCAGUACCCUGAGGAGCCUUGCCAGGAGGCAAGUAGACUACAUCCUCGGAGGCAAUCCCAUGAACAUGUCGUACAUGGUGGGAUACGGCCCCCGUUAUCCCAGGAGGAUUCACCACCGGGGGUCCUCUUUGCCCUCCGUCACACUUCAUCCCCAAUCCUUUGGAUGUGAGGCUGGCUUUCAGCCAUUCUUCUACACCUCCAAUCCCAACCCGAACAUCUUGACGGGCGCCAUUGUUGGAGGGCCUAACGACAAUGAUUUCUUCCCUGAUGAGCGGACAGACUACAGCCAUUCGGAGCCUGCUACAUAUAUCAAUGCCGCAAUUGUCGGACCCCUGGCAUACUUUGCUGGGGUGCGCUGA